GGCACAGAAACAUGCUUGCCCCAUUAUUAAGUACAAUAAAGAUUCUCUUACUGUGCCAUAAUAGCUAAAGAAGUCUAACUUGUAAUAAGCUUAUCAUAGUUGGGUGUACGUGUUUGUUGCGGCUGUCACUUGGAAGUUAUACACCUUUUCCAAAAAAAAUCUGUCAUAGGAGCCUGCUAAUUGUGUAGGACAUAGAAUUUCCAGAUGUGUGACGAUGAGUUCAAAAUUUCGUCAGAAGUUCAUCUACAAAGCGAAGUGGACCGUACUGCCAAUCCUUCAUUGUCACAAGAAAAUGUGGUCACAAGAUUCACCUUCAGACUGUCAAAAGAUCUAUCAUUCAUUGAAGGACAUAAAGAUGCAGAGGUGGACGAAGACGGUGACUUCAUUUUGCAAAGGCGGGAUAGCACAUCACAAGAUGGCUUUUUAUUAAUUGAACAGAAAUCAUCAACACCAUUGGAACUAGUAGGCCUUCAAGUGUGGCGAGGUGCCCUACUGCUGUCCGAUUUUCUCCUGCACAAUGGCAAAACAUUGUUGAGUGGACACACAGUGCUGGAGUUGGGAGCUGGAGCUGGUCUCUCAAGUAUUGUGGCGGCCAUGUUUGCCCAUGAAGUUGUAUCUACAGAUAUUGACACAGAAGAAAUCCUUGAAUUAAUAUGGGCUAACAAAGAGCGCAACAAGAAAUGGAUAAAAUCAAAAUUUUCUGUUAUGGGAUUUGACUUUUUUGCUAAGAAAUGGAGUAGUGAACUGGAAGAAAAAUUAAGAGAAGUGACAACCAUUUUGGCAGCUGAUGUAAUUUAUGACAAUGAUUUGACAGAAGCGUUUGUUGACUGUCUUGCUAAGCUCUUGGUAGUUCCACCAGCAAAGACUGUGUAUGUGGCUCUAGAGAAAAGAUUUGUGUUCACUGUGGCUGAUCUGGACUGUGUAGCACCAUGCUAUGAACACUUUCUGCAAUGCUUAUCAAACAUUCAGCGUAAGCCUCCUGGUUCUAACUGGACUGUGGAGCAACUGGCUAUAGAUUUUCCUCAAUAUUUUAAUUAUGAACGUGUUAAAGAACUUGUAUUGUGGAAAAUAAGCUCAUAGGAAAUAUUUGUUGUAUCAUAGAGUAGUUCAGCUUUUCUGACAAAGAUGAAUGAAACACAGAUGAAUACUGAACAGCACAACACACGCACACACCUAAUGGAGUCACUUUAAAGGUGUAAUAAGAUGUGAUACUGACCAGUAACCUGCCUGUAUCUACUGGUGUAUUCAGCAUUUUUGAAAUAUAUUCUUUGUUCUUGAAUGCUCAGAGUGAAGUUGAAGUAAUGAAAUACCAGAUGAUACAGGAUUUGGAGAUAGCAAAAAUAAUGAGAAAAUUUAACAACACAUAAUUGGACAGUUGGAAACUUUAUUUGUUUCUAUAGAGAUUAUGAUGCUGUGGAUGUGAUUCAGAGAACAUACAUUUUGAUCAGAAUUCAUGUUUUACCACACCAUUCUGCAGUUAGAUUAAAAAUACAUAUUAUGUGGCAUUUCUAAAGACUCGUAAUAGAAGAUGUAUUAGGUAUAUGUAAAUUGUUCAGUUGUUUUCUCAGAAUUAUAGUGAAGCCUUCUUUGCUCUCUGUAUUCAAAAUCAGGUAAAGCACAAACCUAAAGCGCAUACUUGAUAUAUCAGAGAUUUGCGUUCUGUAAUUGUAAGAAUAGACUUUGCUGAUAAAUAAGAGUUACUGCAUUUGGAAAAAUGUAGGCUAACUUUAUUAUUCAACUUGGUUUUUCUUUUCAGUAUAACAGUGACAGGUUACUUGGGCAAACAAAGCAAUCAGGUUUACAAAGUUUUGCCAUGUGCAUGUUUCUUUCCUCCAGCACUCCAAAUGCAAGAUCUUCCUCUUUAAUUCGAACUUGCCUCCCACAGCUCUCUUAAAUUAUCUUGCACUAAUCUCUUCUGUUCGUAUCUAUUUCCUAUGUUUCUCUGAUCUCCUCACUCUCCUCCCCUGGUAGCUGAGUGGUCAGCACGACAGAAUGUCAAUCCUAAGGGCCCAGGUUUGAUUCCUGGCUGGGUCAGAGAUUUUCUCCGCUCAGGAACUGGGUGUUGUGUUGUCCUAGUCGUCAUCAUUUCAUCCCCAUCGACGUGCAAGUACGGAAGUGGCGUCAAAUCAAAAGACUUGCACCCAGCGAAUGGUCUACCCGACGGGAGGCCCUAGUCACACAACAUUUACAUUUUUACAUCUCCUCACUUCCUUCUCUCCUACUCACUUGAAAUUUCACAUACUACUCCAUGCAUUCACUUACAUGUUUGUUCUGUACAUUCUCUUUCCUUCAUUUGACUUCCUCUCUCAAUUUAUUUUUGGUCAUUACGUCUUUUUUGACAAAUGCUUAAGUUGUUUCUGCCUUGUGUCAUCAUUUCUGUGCUAUCUUCUCUUUAUAAGCAUUGUGUUACCCUCUUGGUGUAGUUGCCUUUGUUGGGUAUCUGAAUAACUUGUCUUUAUCCAUACAAGAUUUUAAAAUCUCCAGUUGCUUUGCCCCCAUCUUCUUCCUAGCACCAGAAGAACAGAUUUCUUUCCAGACGACUGACUUUUGUAUAGCUUUAAUGUAAUUAUUAGCCCUUGUUUUUUUGUACCAUUGAAACAAUAUAGAAAUUUUAUCAACUUUUAUCUUGAUUUGCAUGAAAGAUUUUCAUCUGUUUCUCACUUCCUUUCCCUUCUCCUAGUUAAGUUCCACAGUAUAAAGAGGAAUGGAUCAUAAGUAAUCAAAUCCAUUAUGGAUAGCACUGUGAUCAUAUAUAUGUUGCUACACUUGUCAGAUUUUCUUCUAGUUUACAGUUGUUUUAAGAUUCAUUAACAGUAGCUCUUCAGCUUACCAACCUAUUUCUCUAAAUACAUUGCAGUCAUGCUCCUAGCUAUCUGGCUGGCAUAUUCAAUACAAAUCCUUCACAUACUACGCUUUCCUUCCAUUGUGCUUUUUAAUAUUGUAAUCCUAUGUCUCAGGAUGUUCUCCAUCAAGACAUGCUUUCUUCUUUUUGUGGUGUUGCACAAUUCUGGUAUGUUACUGACUUUUUGUAUGACUGCUUGAUUGAUUUUCUCCUCUCUGCCCAUGUUAUUCUUAACCAUUUCCUAUAGCUUUCAACAGACUACUUCAAUUUACAUUUUCAGUAUAUCUCAUUGUAUAUGUCAAAAGUAUGUUUCAGACUAUAGUCGUCAUCAAUUGCUUUUUCAGUGUCAGUUUGACAUCAUUUGAUGU